AUGCAAGGGAGGCUGAUACUGCGCCCUGUGCUGUUGUUGCCAGCUGUGUCCGCUGCGUUCCGGCGCCCGCAUUCAGCGCGGACCACGUCGAGGAUCGAGACGCGCGUGAGCUCACGGUCCGACGUGCGAGCCAGCGCUUCGAACCAGAUCUCGUCUGCAAGCGAGGAGCGCUCUGCCGCCAUGGGAACCGGGUCCGCAGCCGCGCUCGGCGCACCCCUGUCCCCGGUCACAGUGGACCCGGCGACGUACCCCGCAGCGCGCCGCGACGAGUCCGUCGUCGACCAGCUCCACGGAGUCCAGAUCCCGGAUCCGUACCGGUGGCUGGAGGACCCGGACUCGGAAGAGACCAAGGCGUUCGUCGCGGCGCAGAACGAGGUCACCGACGCGCUCCUGGCGGCGUGUCCGUCGCGCGAGGCGUUCAAGCAGCGCAUGACGGAGAUGUGGGACUACGAGAAGUUCGGCUGCCCGUUCCGCCGCGGGAAGCGCGUGUUCUACUACCACAACAGUGGGCUGCAGGCUCAGUCGGUCCUGUGGAUGCAGGACGCGCUCGACGCGCCCGCGAAGGUGCUCCUGGACCCGAACACGCUCUCGGAGGACGGCACCGUCGCGCUGGGCGGCGCGUCGUUCAGCGAGGACGGCACGCAUCUGGCGUACAAGCUCAGCUCCGGUGGGUCUGACUGGCAGACGAUCCACGUGCUGCGCAUCGACGACGCGGGGCAGCGGCACGACCUGCCCGACAAGCUGACGCACGUCAAGUUCUCGUCGCUGGCGUGGACGCACGACGGGCGCGGGUUCUUCUACUGCCGCUUCCCGAAGCCCAGGGACGAGAAUGGGGGGGAGUUGGGGACUGAGACUGACAUCAACCUCAACAUGGAGCUGUACUACCACGUCCUCGGGACGCCGCAGGACGAUGACGUGGUCGUCUGGAAGGACCCGGAGCACCCGUCGUGGAUGUGCGGCGCGGAGGUCUCCGACGACGGCCGCUACCUCCUCCUCUCCGUCUCCGUCGGGUGCCAGCCCAUGAACCGCCUGUGGUACGCCGACCUCGCGGCCGUCCCGCGCGGCGCCGGCCCGGACGGCCAGGCGCUCUCGCUCCAGCAGGGCGCGCUGCAGAUCAAGCCCAUCGUCGACGACUUCUCCGCGUCGUGGGACUACGUCGCGAACGAGGGCGCCGCACUCACGCUGCACACAAACCACAACGCGCCGCGGUACCGCCUCGUCCGCGUCGACCUCGACGCGUUCGACGCCGCCGCGGGCCCCGCUGCGUUCGCGGAGGUCGUCCCGCAGCACGAGAAGGACGUGCUCGAGUGGGCGACGGCGCUCCAGGGCGACGCGCUCGUUCUGUGCUGGAUGCGCGACGUGAAGAACGCGCUCGAGCUGCGGAGCCUCGCGGACGGGCGCGCGGUCGCGGAGAUCCCGCUGCCGGGCAUCGGGGCCGUGCAGGGCUUCGCGGGGCGCCGCGAGGACGCGGACUGUUUCUUCAAGUUCGUGUCGUUCACGGAGCCGGGCGCGAUCUUCCGGUGCGACGUCGCGGGCGGCGCGCCGAAGACGGAGACGUUCCGGAGCGUCAAGCUGCCCGGCGGGGUCGACCUCGGCACGCUCGAGACCCGCCAGGUGUUCUGCAAGUCCAAGGACGGCACGUCGGUCCCGAUGUUUGUGGUUCACAAGAAGGGCAUGAAACUGGACGGGUCGGCGCCCGCGCUCCUGUACGGCUACGGAGGGUUCAACAUAUCGCUGACGCCGUCCUUCAGCGUCGCGCGGCUCGUCUUCGCGCUCGGGUACGGCGGCGUGCUGGCCUACGCCAACUGCCGCGGGGGGGGGGAGUACGGCAUCGGCUGGCGCGAGGCCGGCUCGGUCCUGAACAAGCAGAACGUGUUCGACGACUUCCAGGCCUGCGCCGAGCACCUCAUCGCCGAGAAGCUGACGUCCCCGGCGCGCCUCGCGAUCGAGGGGGGGUCCAACGGGGGCCUUUUGGUGGCGGCGUGCUGCAACCAGCGCCCGGACCUGUACGGCUGCGUGAUUGGACGCGUCGGCGUCAUGGACAUGCUGCGCUUCCACAAGUUCACUAUCGGUCACGCGUGGACCACGGACUUCGGGGACCCCGACAAGGAGGGGGAGUUCCAGUGUCUGCUUCGAUACUCCCCCCUGCACAACGUGCGGCGGCCCGAGGGCGGCACGCAGAACUACCCGCCCGUGAUCCUCACGACGGGCGACCACGACGACCGCGUCGUGCCCCUGCACAGCCUCAAGCUCAUCGCGACGCUGCAGCACGAGCUGUGCAUGUCAGGAGAGUCCCCCCAGCGCAACCCCCUUGUCGUGCGCGUCGAGGUGCGCGCCGGGCACGGCGCCGGGAAGCCGACGGCCAAGGUCAUCCAGGAGACGGCCGACGUCUACGCCUUCGCGGCGCACGUCAUGAACGUGCAGUGGCAGGCAUAG